CCGACGUUCCUCUCCUCUUUGUGUCUUUGCGUUUCUACCGGCUCCGCAUCGUCCUUACAGGGAGGAAGAAGCGGGUGAGAAGCAAACACUUCUCUUUCCACCGUUCUACCUGUUUCUGCAGACUUGUUCUGAGGCCGAGGCAUCUCCAAGGUAGUGAUGGCUCUCCAGAGGACCCAUGCAUUACUUCUGCUCUUGCUGCUGACCCUGCUGGGGCUGGGGCUGGUACAGCCCUCCUAUGGCCAGGAUCGCAUGUACCAACGAUUCCUGCGGCAACACGUGGACCCUGAUGUGACAGGAGGCAAUGAUGGCUACUGCAACUUGGUGAUGCAAAGACGGAAGAUGACUUCACAUCAGUGCAAGCGCUUCAACACUUUCAUUCAUGAAGACCUUCAGAGCAUUCGUAGUAUCUGCAGAACCGCCAAUAUUCAGUGCAAGAAUGGCCAGAUGAACUGCCAUGAGGGUGUAGUGAAGGUCACAGACUGCAGGGAGACAGGAAGUUCCAGGGCUCCCAACUGCAGAUACCGGGCCAAGGCCAGCACCAGACGUGUUGUCAUUGCCUGUGAAGGUAACCCAGAGGUGCCUGUGCACUUUGAUAGAUAGAUGCCACCCAGCAGGGGUUAUGGCCCAGCUGCUGGCCUUUAAUUUACUCCUUAAAUAACAAUGAGUAAUGCAUUUGAGCUGUCCCAGGCUCUGUCUCCACUGCUUCUUUCUUUCCUUUUUUUUUUUUUUUGUUCAUUAUAUAACCAAUUCUGUUAAAUACAUUGCAUGAAAGAGAAAGAUGAGACAUAAACUUAUAAUGAAUCUGAGCUUUUCUGUAAUAAGCUUCCUUCUAUAAUAUUGGUCAGCUUUGCUCUCUCUAAUCUUAUCCUCUGGAAUUUAGUCAUUAUUUAGCACUUCAAGAAUUUCAAGGUGCUUUCAUCUAAGUUAUCUCAUUCUAAUACCAUAGCACCCUUGGGAUGCUGUUACCAUAGCACCCUUGGGAUGCUGCUGCUAGUGUUGCAAUAUACAAAAGCCCAAAAUUAAGAGAUUUGCUAAGACCAAAAGGUUAGUAGAAAAACUGAGACAAAAGUCUAGUUUACAUGGUUACUAAUCCAGGGCUUUUUCCACUUCAUCACAAGGAAUGUUUUGAAAAUAUCUGGUUUCUGUUAUUCCCAAAUGUCAGCUGUUGGGGGAAGCAUUACAAAUUUGGAAAUAGACACUGGCAACAUGAGAGCUCUAUCUGUAUAAUGUGGCAACCUUGCUGUGUUUGGAUCUAAUAAGAUCAAGAAAUGAUACAAGGGAUUUUCUUUUCCUCUUCCCAAACUUUUGAGUCACUCUAGUAAGUCAGAGUAUUAAAAUGUACUAGAUCAUUAAGACUCUUCCUGACUGAAAGAUUUUUCAAGUUUUCCUUAUAAUAAAGGAAAUAAGAUACCUUCAAUUCCAGGUAUUUGAGAAGA